AUGCGACCGCCCGACCCAAGAGCACCGGAUCCACGGAGCCGCAGAGAGAUGCCGCCGGGAUCCCGACGGCUGAGGAGGAGGAGGAGGACUCCACAGGCAGUUGUUACUUUGGCAAAACGAGAGCGCCCGACGAGUUUCUGGCUGCUGCGUCUCGCGGAUCUGUGCAAUCUGUGUGUGCUUCGCGACGCCGCGGGUUCCGAAGAGCCUUACAGCAUUCGGCGGCACGGGAAGCGAGAGCGAUGGAUAGCCAAGAUUGUUUUCGUUGACGAGAUCCAAGAGAGACACACACACACACACGCAGCACCACCACUAUCACAUCUUUUUGAGACGGCCGAUGCGCCUGAGGAGCAAGAAGAAGAAGAAGAAGAAGCAAAGAGUAAGAAGAAGAAGAAGAAGAAGAAGAGGAAGGAGGACGAUCCAGUUACAUACUAUCAUCAUUCAUGA